UACACGCCCUUCUCGACACGCCCACGACACAAGAAAAUUGUCCUCCAGGUCCUUGACACGCGCACAAGACAACUCGAGUUUUGAGGUUUGGCAAGCAGGAAGAAUUUUAUCUCGCGGUGCCGUUGCAACAGGUGCAUUUUCACUUUCUUCUUGUUAAUGAUCGCGGCUGCACAAAAGAGUCGCGCUUCUUCGAGCCAAGUAAUCGAGAUCUUCCGCGAUGAUGCGUACAGGAUCCUGAUACUAAAAGCGUCGUAACAAGCUACUAACCAAGAUCUGCACAAUAUCGCAGACGAUCUAUGCCACGGGGAAGUACACAAUUCGAUUUUGCAAUAACACGAGCACCGUGUAUCUGCUACAUUCGUCGGUGCGUUUUAAUUAAAUGCAGACGCGAAACCGCAAAGCGAGGGGAAGAGAAGAGAGAGAUUCGCGUGCGCGAAUCCUGCGAGCGAGCACGAGCUCCUUUGAGCGUGCAAGCGUCACACAGAAGAGCGAGUAGGAGGAAAAGGCCGAAGAACGAAGGAAGAGAAGAAGCGGCAAACAAGCAAAGGAAGCAGAAGAGGCCGGCGAUCAUAACCGCCGGCUCUCCGCUGUAUAAGACAAUGAUACAGUUACACGAUGCUCUCAGUUGUGAGCUAUUCGUAAGAGGCACGACACAAACGUUCGUACGCGAAAGUAUAAUGAACCGCAGCAAGGACGACACGCUAAUUACGCUCGGUCCGUUAAUUAAAGGAGCGAACGCUAGUUAAUACCGCCGGAAGAAGCCGCCAGAAGACAGACGCCGAAUCGGCGCCAUCCUCGCUUGUCAUGAGCUAUCGAUCUAGGUGGUGAUCGAGUGAAGACAAGAUUCUUACACAGUGACAUUAAAACAAAAAAAAAAUAAUUUGUUGAAUUUUCUACCUAAAAAAUUUAUCCGAGCGUUUAUGUGAUUUUACUCGAAUCAUCGUUGGGAAAAGCUAUUGACAAUUAUCUUUGCAAUUCACAGUGAUCGCUAAUCGUGCGCGUAUCUUCCGUUGACACUCUUCCAGGGACGUCUCGUGUGAAUGAACCGUGAUUCAUAGAUCGCGAAUAGAAUGGAAUGCCAGAUAACGACUAGAAAGUAAUAACUAAAGCGUUCACGUUUGUACUAAUGAGGUGCAAAAAGUAAAACAGGCCUAAUUGAGACAUAAGUUACGCUUUGUAUCACGUUGUUAUUGAGAAUAAAUUGGGUGAUCAUGCUGUAACAAUAACGAGAGUAAAAAAAAAAACAAAAGAACACUUGUUUUCAUCAGAACUAUGAAAACAGGAAGUUUUACGCAUCAUGUGAAAUUAAGUGAAGUGUUCUUAAGGUAGAAUUUAGCAACAGCAAUGGGGAAUCAGUGGAAAUUUCUCGUUCUCAUCAUUUGUUUCCUGCGGUUUUGUCAAGUGUCGCGCUCGGUCGGUUUUACAAUUGACAAUCAGCUUGUGAUAAUCGCGAACGAUUGCUACACGAGGAUAGCCAUCGGAUCUAAACUGCCAGACGCGGAUAUCUUCUUCAGCGUCGCGGUCGGAAGCAUUUCGGAAUGUGAAGACGAAUGUUCGAAACAAAGAAACUCUUGCAACGCGUUUGCUUUCGGGAUUGGCGUCAAAGGUAACGGAACAUGCGCGCUAAGCACGAGAACGCCAAAAUUCGAAGAUCUACAAUCUCACGCGGAUUACGACGUUUACGUGAGAAGUCAACGUUCACCGCAAUGCGAACCAGAUCGGCUCUACAAAAUGGGAAGCGGCAUUAUGAGACAGGAAAAAAGAAACGAGACAAGGCCAGUCACGAGAUUCGGAAGCGGUCUUUGGAAUCCGACAAUGCCAAGUAUGCUGUCAUCUCCGAGAACCAUGAAAAGUAUGAUGCGUAACAUCUCUGAUGAACCUUUAUACCAACAAGGAUACACGCCAUCUUUUGACGACGAACGCCGAAUCUCUGAUAUCCUUAAAAACAGAAAUCCGAUGCCUGCCAACAAUCCUUUCGGAACUAACAACGCAAAAAUCGAUAAUCCAUCGAUAUACUCAAACCGGAAAUCAACCUUUGGUCAAAGGAUACAUUCAAAUCCGAAUCAAGGUCGUCCUGAUUUUAGCGGAUCGUCCUUUCGAAAUCCUUUCACCGACCUCAAUUACGUAAAUUUUGGACCAACUACAGACAGCGAUUUUCAUUCCUAUAAAGCUGUCACUGUGCAUAACGGACCCUUUGAAUUAUUCUCACGACCUCUCUUUGUUUACGAUACGAUCUCGAAAAAUCAAUCUCCGUUGAACUUUGGAUUCUGGACUGAUCACGACUCAACGAAACAUCGAAAUCAAGAAUUUUUUAAUAACGCGGAUAAAAAUCAGGGAAUUAUCACGAGACCGAAGCAAAACGAGUUAAUCACGGGAAAUUAUGAUAUUAGCAAAGUAUCUAGUCCGAGCAGUUCUUCUUAUAAUUUUGAGACAACCAGUGCAAAAAUUGCGAACAGUGAUUUCAAAGACACUUCUAAAAUAUGGAAUUCCGGAUUGUCAACUGGAUUUCGCGAUUUUGGCGCAAGAAUCACCGAGAAACCGAAAUCGUGUUACAGAAGACUCCUAUCUGGCAAGAAGAGUCUGGAACUGCACGUCAGACGCGCCGUCGAGUGCGACAGAAUCGACGACUGCCAUCGUGCUUGUGAUUACGAGAAACUUUUUGUUUGUGAAGGUUUCAAUUACAGACGCUACGGACAUGGAACAAGAGGGAUGUGCGAGUUGACAUCAAUACCUUUUUCUCGUAUGGAUUUUCAUCGAGAUUUUAUAGCGGAUCCCCAAUGCGAUUACUACGAGAAAGAUCCGAAUUGCGCGGCAAACGCGCCUGAAACACGACCAUCCUGGUGGAAUCAGCCGUCUAGACCCACUCAAUUAUACGGUCCACCUUAUUCGAUCAAUAGAAGACCAGAUACGAGACCCUACGCUCCGGAUUUACAUCCUUCGAACGAAAUACCACGGCCUCUGGAUUACGAUCGUCGGCCCUUAAAAGAAAUUCCGCGACCCUCGGAUUACGAUCGACGUCCUACGAACGAGAUUCCGCGGCCAUUGGAUUACGAUCACAGACCUGUAAAUCACGAUCGACGACCAUCCACAGUUUACGGACACCACACACUGUACGACGAUGCGUUUAAUCGACGAGGUUAUCCUCAAGAUUCGUUUCAAGAUAGAUAUCCGUCGGCAAGACCAGAAGAUCGAUUCAGCUACAGUGGUCGAUUUCCACCUAGACGGCCUAUCGACGACGAUUUUUAUAACAGAAAUCUGCCAUGGGCGACGCCGCCAAAAUAUCCGAACAGAAGAAUCGGCUAUGGACCUGCUCACGACAUAGGAACAAACGAAGUCGGUUCAUAUUUGCCAGAUCAUCGAAGAGAUCAAAAUAAUUGGGACUCUUACGGCGUUUACGGCGGGUCUUACGGUUAUGAUACGAACUACGUGGGAAAAUUCGACGUACCAAAAUAUUAUCCGAAAUCGCAGCCUAAAUCACCGCAUCCUUACGAGAACGAUCAUUUCUAUGGAGAAUUUUACAAUUACGGCGGUGCUUUCGGUUACGGUGACAGUUACAUACCGGCCAAUCAGGAUACGCUCUACAGCGGAAGUGGAAAAGUCGAGGAAUGCUCUGUCAGAGCCGGCGCGGGCUUCAGACUCAGCAGAGGCGUCGUUCGAAAGACGUACCUGACACCAAAUUUGGAUCAAUGCGAGAGUCUGUGCAUUAACGAAAAGAAUUUCAUUUGCAUGAGCUUCAGUUACAGAUAUAAUGUAGCGCCCACAGAUCCCACGGACAAUUGUCUUCUCAGCAACGUUUCGUACAAAGAUUUGAAUUUCUACAAUGAUCUCGAACCAGAUCGCGAUUACGAUAUUUACGCUAUGAUUGCUUCGAGAACUUGCGGCACGAGGAGAGAAUCGAGCGCACAUCCUCCGGAUGAGUGUUUUUGGAGAGUCAGAAGCGGAUACGGAAUGCCAACGGAUGUUGUUAAAAAAUCAAUGACAGUCGAUAAUUUAGGAGAUUGUCAGGUAGAAUGCACGAUAGCGCAAGACUUUACGUGUAGAAGUUUUGCGUUCAAAUACAGAUUAGAUCAAGGACGAUCGGAUGUUCCAAUUAAUUGUUAUUUGAGUGAUUGGCCGUCGCAAGAUAUUAAUCCUGUCAAUAUGCCGGACAUGGACGGCGCAGAAUUAUACGAAAGGGGUAGUUUCGGCAGAGGAUGCGAACCUUAUAGCGUACCAUUCUUUAACAUGGAACGAUUCAACGGCAAGCAGUCUUCACAAGGAGACGAUGUAUGCUAUUCUGGAUAUAACAAGCCGUGCAAGUUGACACCGUAUGCCGUGCUCUUGGCGACAUAUGUGAAUUCUGAACAAGACUGUCGGCAGAAAUGUUCAAGAAUGCGACAAACUGAUUCUAUUCCUUGCAUGUCUUAUAGUUACAAACUUACCACACACGGCAAAGAAGAGAACUGUUUGCUAAGUGAUGUACCUAUAAGAGAUCUGCGUCCAGGCUUGGAUUACAUCUAUGACAACAAUCACGUUCUUUUCGCGUGGAAAGAUCUUGAUCCUUACUGCGUGAUUACUGGUUAUUCUGUCGACGACGAUCACGUGUUUGGAGGACCGAGCCCAUCAAGACCGUUACUUCCGGGUCCAUCGCGACCCGACUUUACUCUAGGAGGAACUGAUUAUCCGGGCGUAAGACCCGAAAGUACUUAUCCAGAUCCAAGACCUUUCUUUAUGAUACCAAAACCAGGCGGUCAUCAUCACGGCGUGAGACCGUUUAAUCCGGAUAAGCCUGAUCCUGUCGGAUCAUAUCGUCCUGAGGGAGGAUACGGUGGUCACGACGAUAAGUUUGGAUACGGUAAUCGUCCCGGUGGAUUCGAUCAUGGAUCUAAUCCGGAUGAACACUCGAUCUUUCGCUAUUACACAGUAAACGGUUAUCCGUGCAAGAAAGGCACGAAGUGCGAGAGAAAUAAAAUUGCCGGAUUUUGGGUCUGCGAGACCGAAGGAGGCGAUUACGGCAGUUGGGACUAUUGCUGUGCUCCGACUCAUAAUUGCGGCUUCUCACAAGGAUAUCAUUAUCCAUGGUGCUACGUUGGAUCGUCGGAGGAACAAUGGCGUCCUUGCAGCGAGAAGUAUUUCCCUUAUCUUCCGAGUCCGCGACCAAUUAGGCCGCCUACGAUCGGUGACGAUCGACACGAUCGUCCGCGUGAUCCCGGUUACUACGGUAGACACUGGCCAAUCACAUAUCUGCAUCGAGAACCGCCGCCGAAUUGUACAGAUUCACUCGCGUCCGCUGACAACAGCGGAAAUCGUCAUUCAAAUGAGACGACACCGAGCACGAUGGAGACGGCUAGUACGACAAUCAAGAGCGACGAAAACAAUACCACGAUUGCGAAUAGAACGCGCCGACGAUGGCUGCGAGUACGCAAAACAACCAACGACACGCGAAACAAUCGUCACGCAAUAGUUAUGCGCAAGAUCGACGGUCAAAUCGCGGUAAACAACGUGCGAAAUCGUGACAUUCAAGCAAAUCGCGAGCGCGCUGCAAAAAUUGAACGAGUGUCGAAGCCGAAAAGCUCCGAGAUUUUUGCCGCGCUGACUGUCGCACCACUCGCAGCAAAAACCAACACCAUCGCCGGCGUUCUCGAUGGAAAAAACAGCGACGACGAUAUGAUAAGAGUGCCUUUGAUUGCGUCAAAUAAUUAACUGCCAGACAUUAGAGCUUAGAUCCGCAGCGAUCUCAAAUAUUUUAAUAGUCGUCAUGGCCAUUAGGAAAGAAAAAUAUAAUAUUUUAAUUAUCAACAUAUCAAACUAAAUACUUGAAAUUUACAACUAAGAAAGAGAGAUAAAGAAAGAAGUGAGGAGAGUAGACAAGAAAUAUAUCUUAAAAUAAGAUAAAUAAAUGAUAAUGCCAAUGAUGUGUUUUUGUUUGCAAAAAAAAUAUAACUGCGUCUAAUUUUUGCCGAAUAAAAAUGAUGAAGAAGUUAACACCCAAAUAACGACUUGUUAUAUUGCAAUUUAACUCACACCUUCAAUCAAGUUUUAACAU